GCGACCUGCCGGUGGUACAAACACUGCGUGGACUGCAUCCUGGCAAGGGACCCCUACUGUGCCUGGUCCCUCUCUCUCUCCAGCUGCGUCCCCGUGGCGGCUCAUCGACGGAGGGAUCCAUGGGACUUGAUUCAGAGCCUCAGGAACAGCGAUGCCUCCAGGUGCCCUCCUUUCGCAAAAAAGCCAGAAAGGCACCCCGUCGCCCUUGGGAGCAGCCCCCAUCUUGGCUGCAGCCCACUGUCCAACCUCGCAGAGUCCGUCUGGAUGCUCAAUGGGAGCCACCUGCGGGCGGGGAAAGCCAGAUAUCUCUUCUACACCCACGGGCUGGUUGUUGUGAAUGUGACGGGGGCUGAUGCCGGGCUCUACGAGUGCCAAUCUGUCGAAAAGGCCGGCGGAAGAGAAUUCCGUGUUACAAUGGCUGCGUACCUGCUUGAGCCCCGGGGUCAAGAGAAGGGUUUUGUGACCUCCCAGCAUGACCAGUCAACCCGGAGGCGUGCUGGGUCCAUGCUGCCGAAGACCAAGCCUGGAGGGCCUCCGAAGCCGGGGAGCCCAGCUAGACAAAAGCAACCCCAGAGCAUCCGGGGGCCGUUGUUCACUUUAAUGCUUCUGAGCACCGCCUCCACCUGCCUUUUCCUUUUCCUGCUCUCCUGGAACAUCUACCGUGGCCACUGUUCCCUGCCCUGGAGGCUGGGGAAGGCAGAAGUCAUGAAAUCAGCUGGCCCUGAGCCGAGCCUGGAGCUGGCCUGGAGAAGCCCAGCCACACAGAGUCCUGCCUGCAAGUCGGCACCGCCAGGAGGUUUCUCGGGAGAGGGACACGGAGCAGAGGCACCGCUUGGCUCCAGGGUCAGGCUGGCCUGCGGCGCCCCAAACUGCCUGGCCACGGAGGAGUGCCUGACGCACCGUGACAGUCGUGGGGCCUGAUGGGCGACCGGAGAGGGAGCGAAGCCCCAGCAGGGCCUCUCUUGCGUGCCGAUUCCCUUCGCGCUGACAGAGCCUUUCCAUUUUCCGAGGGUUUCGCAAAAUACACUUCUUCGGCGCAGAGUUGGUGCCCAGCCUCACAUCUUUUCACAUGACCUGAA